AAAAUCCCGGCUCUUAGAGUCCACGGUCUGACUGGGGGCCGGGGCGCAGCCCUAGGCGGUUCCUCGACCUUUUAAGCUCUGGUGGCUGCACCAGACUUUUCUUCCUCCGAGACGAGAAAGGGAGAAACUUCUUGUCAUCUCACCUCGUGUUGCUUGGGUUGUUUGGGAGGAGAACUUCUCACGGGUUCGGGAAGAGAGAAGAAAUCGAAGCGAUGCCGACCAUCACGAAGCUUUACUCGAUGAAAGAAGCCUCCCAGCACAACACCCAGGAGGAUUGCUGGGUCGUCAUCGACGGCAAGGUAUACGACGUGACAAAGUAUUUGGACGACCACCCUGGAGGAGAUGAUGUUCUCCUAUCAGCAGCUGGGAAGAACUCAACUGAAGAGUUCGAAGAUGCAGGCCACAGCAAAAGUGCUAGAGAGCUCAUGCAAGAUUAUUGUAUUGGAGAAUUAGAUCCAACACCUGCUAUCCCAGAGCUCGAAAUCGUUAGGAAGGACCAACCUUCCAACCUCAUUACCAAGCUUUCAAGCAAGACAUUGCAGUAUUGGGCUGUCCCAGCAACCAUCAUUGGGAUCUCAGUAGUGACUGCCAUUUUGUACUCACGCAAGAAGUAACACGGUCAAAAAAAUUACCACCUUAUCUUAUUCAACUUCUGAAAUUCAAACACACCAUUCCUUUAUUCUAAAAUGGAUGCAUCAUCCUAAUACAAACUCUGAAUUGAGAGAGAUUCUGUCUUCAAAGUUCAUGCAUCAUUCUUGAUAAAACAUGAGUAUUCAUACCGAUAUAUAACAGACAUUGCAUUGGUGAAUUGCUUUAUUUGUCACUGUCGGUGGAUAAGCCAUCGAAAGAUGGCAGGACUGAAGGACGGAGCCGGUAGAGGAACUUGCGGAAGCUGUGUUGGCUGUACAUUUCCCCCUCCUCUGCAUUGUCAAGGAUUGCAGUCGAUCGGCGAGUCUUGUUGAUUCUGCAAGGGGAAGGUCGUUCUUGUUAAGUUGUACUCUUUUAUACACAGGAUCAUCUACAUAAUUAUCAAGUCCACCAUCUACUUAGCAUGCGAAACAUCACAGUUUAACUUUUUCUGAACUGCUAUUCUCUGAUUUGAAUUGAUGAUCUUUCCAUUUCUUA